UAGCUCGAAAACAUACGACUUUGUUGUCCCCCUUGCAGCGUGAGUCAAAGAAGAUGAAAUCGCUAUUCCUGAAGCGCACAAUCUCGAAAACGUCAUGCGCGGCCUCGCAUGGUUCAUCGAGUUCUUCGUUCACAUUCAGAUGGUCCAAACGGGCGGUGGCAUGGGAAUGGCGGUCGCCGCUGCGCUCGCCGUGGCCCUGCUCCCGUGGUUAUGGGCGGCGCUGGUGCACCUGGUGUGUCGGCCGUACGCCGUGGCGCGGGCCUUCGCGCGGCAGGGCAUCCGCGGGCCGCCGUACCGGUUCUUCGUGGGCAACGCCGGGGAGGCCACGGCGAUGCUGGAGGCGGCGAGCGGCGAGGCGGCGCUGGACCGUAGCUCCCACGACAUCGUCCCCCGCGUGAUGCCGCACUUGCGGGCGUGGACGUCGCUCUACGGCAAGGUGUUCCUGUCGUGGUCCGGCUCGACGCCGGCGCUGUGCGUCGGCAGCUACGCCAUGGCGAGGCGGGUGCUCUCCGACAAGGCGGGGCUGUAUGGCAAGAAGGACCCGGGCCCGGCCAUCCUGGCGCUGCUGGGCAUGGGCCUGAUCUUCGCAGAGGGCGAGGACUGGGUGCGCCACCGCCGCGUCGUGCACCCGGCGUUCGCCAUGAACAAGCUCAAGGCGAUGGCGGGCGUGGUGGCGGCGUGCGCGGGGGAGGUCAUCCGGUCGUGGGAGGCGGCGGCGGCGGUGGGCGGAGAGGUGACUGUGGAGGUGGGGCAGCAGUUCAUGGAGCUCACCGCCGAUGUCAUCUCGCGCACGGCGUUCGGCAGUAGCUACCGGCAGGGCAAGGAGGUGUUCCUGGCACAGCGGGAGCUCCAGCUCAUGGCCUUCGCCUCCAACAGGGUGCGCGUCCCGGGUAUGCAGUGGGCGCCGACCAAGGCCAACGUGCGCCGGUGGCGGCUCGAGAGGAAGGUGCGUGGCACGCUUAUGGCCAUCAUCGACAAGCGCCUGUCUGCCGCCAAGGAGGGCGCCGGCGACUACGGCACCGACCUGCUCGGCCUCAUGCUCGAGGCGAACGCCGGCGAGGGCGGUCAGAGCGUCAUGACCAUGGACGAGAUCAUCGACGAGUGCAAGACCUUCUUCUUCGCCGGGCAUGAAAGCACCACGCACCUCCUCACCUGGGCCAUGUUCCUCCUCGGCACCCACCCCGAGUGGCAGCGGCGGCUCAGGGAGGAGGUGCUCCGGGAGUGCGGCGGCGCCGAGAAACCCCUCCACGGCGACACCCUCAACAAGCUCAAGCUUGUGACGAUGGUGCUGCACGAGACGCUCCGGCUGUACGGCGCAGCGACGCUGAUCAAGCGGCGGGCGACGGCGGACGCGGACCUCUGCGGCGUGGUGGUCCCCGAGGGCACGGUCCUGCUGAUCCCGAUCGCGAUGCUGCACCGCGACGAGGAGGCGUGGGGCGGGGACGCCGGCGAGUUCAACCCGCUCCGGUUCAAGGACGACGCGGGCAGGGCGGCGCCGGCGCACCCGGGCGCGCUGCUGUCCUUCUCGGCGGGCCCGCGGUCGUGCAUCGGGAAGGACUUCGCGAUGAUGGAGGCGAAGGCGGCGCUGGCGGCGGUCAUGCGGCGGUUCGCGUUCGAGGUGGCGCCGGAGUACGUGCACGCGCCGGCAGACUUCCUGACGCUGCAGCCGUCGCAGGGGCUCCCCGUCGUGCUCAGGCUCUUGGAUCCGUAGGGGGCAUCCUUUUGCGAACUGGAGUGGAUGUAUGGCGAGUUGGCGACUGGGGUCGGUCAAACUAUUUCCACUUUGCACAUUUCAAAUAAAAUUUUGAAAACAAUGUGGCUAAAUUUGUCUAAAAAAUAAAUUAGUUUCAAAAUAUUAUGACUUUGAUGUAAGCGUACGUUUCACAAUGUUAACAAUGGUCAAAGCAGUGUCAUGUUCUCUUU